AUGGCUCUUCCGUUUGCUUUCUUCUCUUCUCUGCUGGUGACGGCAUCUGCCCUCAACAUUGCACCUCGCGCCACCACCAGCUUGGACACCUGGUUGGCCUCAGAGACAACGGUUGCCCUUGAUGUUAUACAAGAAAACAUCGGGUCUGCCGGUGCAUUUGCUGAAUCCGCGAGCAGCGGCGUUGUUAUCGCCAGUCCAAGUACCGAUGACCCGGACUAUUUCUAUACUUGGACCCGGGACUCUGCUCUCACCAUGAAGGUUCUAGUUGACCUCUUUCGCAAUGGCGAGUCGAGCUUGCAGGGCAUCAUCGAGGAUUACAUCGAUGCACAAGCCUAUCUGCAGACCGUAUCCAACCCGUCUGGUGACUUGACCACGGGCGGAUUAGGUGAGCCGCAUUUUAACGUGGACUUGACGGCCUAUACAGGCUCCUGGGGUCGGCCCCAACGUGAUGGGCCCGCUCUCAGAGCAACUGCACUCAUGGACUUUGGCGAGUGGUUAAAUGCAAACGGCUACGAAGCGUACGCUGCUGAAAUUAUCUGGCCCAUUGUGCGCAACGAUCUCUCAUACGUCGCGCAAUACUGGAACGAAACAGGAUAUGACCUAUGGGAGGAGGUUGAUGGGUCUUCCUUUUUCACUAUCGCAGUUCAACACCGCGCUCUUGUGGAGGGUAUUGCAUUUUCUUCGGCUGUUGGCUCCUCAUGCACCUAUUGUGAAUCCCAGGCCCCCGAAAUUCUUUGCUACCUGCAGUCCUUUUGGUUGGGCGAUUAUAUUCUGGCCAACUUUGAUGAGAGCAGCCGUACUGGAAAAGACGUCAACACUAUUCUGGGCAGUAUCCAUACUUUUGAUCCCGAAGCCGGUUGCGACGACACAACCUUCCAGCCAUGCUCAUCGCGCGCCCUUGCCAACCAUAAGGUGGUGGUAGACUCCUUCCGCGACUUAUUUACCAUCAAUGAUGAUGCAGCCGAGGGCACUGCCUGUGCCAUUGGGCGCUAUCCCGAAGACACGUAUUAUGACGGUAAUCCAUGGUUCCUUUGUACUAUGGCAGCCGCGGAAUUGCUCUAUGAUGCACUCUACCAGUGGAACAAUAACGCGGAGAUUGUGAUUGAUUCUACCUCACUGGAUUUCUUCACCGACUUAUAUAGUUCUGCUGCUACAGGAACCUACUCUUCCUCAAGCUCUGAGUACACUUCCAUUGUGGAUGCCGUCAAAACAUACGCAGACGGAUUCCUCAGCAUUGUGCAAGAUCAUGCAUUGACAAAUGGCUCUAUGUCGGAGCAAUUUGAUAAAGCUGAUGGCGAUGAGCUGUCUGCCCGGGAUUUGACCUGGUCGUAUGCCGCAUUGUUGACGGCUAACAUGCGCCGUAACUCUGUUGUUCCUCCUUCCUGGGGCGAGACAUCGGCCAGCAGCGUGCCAGCAACUUGCGUUGCAACCUCUGCAACGGGUCUUUACAGCACAGCCACAGAUACGGCGUGGCCGGCCACAUUGACAGGUGGUAGUACUGAAACUACUUCCACUACAGCAAAAACUACAUCUUCUGCUUCUUCCGGCACUACAACCACUACCUCCACCACCACCAAGAGUACCAGCACUACUACAACAGCUUGCACCACCCCUACGAGUGUCGCUGUCACGUUCGAUCUUAUUGCGACAACAGAGUAUGGUCAGAACAUGUAUAUAUCUGGCUCCAUCAGCGCCCUCGGUGACUGGGAUACCAGUGAUGCUAUAGCAUUGAGUGCAGCUGAUUACACAUCUUCAGACAAUCUCUGGUUUGUGACUAUUGAUUUCACUGCGGGUGAGUCGUUUGAAUACAAGUACAUCCUCGUUGAGAGUGAUGGGACUGUGGUCUGGGCGGAUGGUGAUAACGAAUCAUAUACCGUUCCUGCUGUUUGUGGAGAAACAACUGUCACUGUUGAUGAUACUUGGGAUAGUUAG